AUGGCACCGAUUUCAAAUGGACUACAGGCGCAGCUACGAUCUGCCGUGACCGCUGACACUACACACGGCAGAUCUCCUUCGAGUACGCUGACCACCGUAUUCCCUGCCCAUGUAACGGUGCGCUCCAUGGCCAGGGCCAUCCUGCAACGCUUUAUCGUUGAUCGGGUGAGCUCUAGCUCGGCGGCACCGCCGCCGCAGCCGCAGCAGCCUGGAAGGCUUACUCGCCAAGACGUCGAAGCGAUGUCAGUCAUUGAAUAUGUAUCCAGCAUUCCGUCUCCGCCAUUGAAGGGUCAAGACCUCGAUACUUCAUACCAAGGUCAUGCAGCCUGUGCUAUUUGCACGGAGAAGCUCGUCACAGGCGCCGUCCUGCGCAGGUUGCAUUGUCGACACCAAUUUCACGCAAAGUGCAUCGAUCUAUGGCUUCUUGAGCACUCUGGCACCUGUCCUCUUUGUCGCGCUAAUUUGGCUGAACUGGCCCAGCCUGCUAAGAGCCGACGGAACAUGCUGCCAAGGCUUCCCCGGAUGCUACGAGUUCGUGCCGACGAGAACCCUCGAGAAAGCCGUCAAGAUAGCCGUGCUCUAUCGGUUUGGCGGGCGCAGAUGCUCGAAAUGACCAGAAUUCAGACAGUGCAAUCGCCCGGCCCUGGUACAGCAUGGGAAGGCACGAUUCCCCGGGUAUCGCUUCCUGACCUUUCCACCUUGGCGCCAACAUGCUCGUAG